GCCUGCCGGAAGGGGCGGCGCGGCGGGUCCCGGCGGUCGCUGCCGGUUGCGGCGGCGCCGGGCAGGGAGCCCCGCUGCGGAGCGGAGAUGGCGGACGAGGCGCUGUUCCUGCUGCUGCACAACGAGAUGGUGGCGGGGCUGUACCGCGCCGCCGAGCAGGGCGAAGGGGAGAACGGCCGCUGCACCACCAAGCUGGAGAGCAUGGGCUUCCGCGUCGGGCAGGGGCUCAUCGAGAGGUUUACAAAAGAUACUGCCAGGUUCAAGGAUGAAUUAGAUAUUAUGAAGUUCAUUUGCAAAGAUUUUUGGACAACUGUAUUCAAAAAACAAAUAGAUAACCUAAGGACUAAUCAUCAGGGUAUAUAUGUCCUUCAAGACAAUAAAUUUCGUCUCUUGACACAAAUGUCUGCAGGAAAGCAGUAUUUAGAACAUGCACCAAAGUAUUUAGCAUUUACCUGUGGACUAAUCAGAGGAGGCCUAUCGAAUUUGGGAAUAAAGAGUAUUGUAACAGCUGAAGUUUCAUCAAUGCCUGCAUGUAAAUUUCAGGUGAUGAUACAGAAGAUGUAGAGCACAUUCUAAUUUGGGUAUCUACCUUAAAAAUCCUUUGUGUGUGGAUUCAGGGUCUUGGUUCAGCCUUGUAUGUAGCUUGUAAAUUAUAGCAGUGUGCAGCAUAAUUCCAAAGUGUAUAAUAAAUGUUAAUCAAAAUAAUGCUAUCCUUGUAUCUUGGUAUGAGAUUUAUUCUAUACCAAGAUAUUAAUGUUCACAUGGUAAAAACUAUCUACUCAAAAAGUUUUCAGCAAAAUAUUUCAAUUACCAAAGCAGCACAUAUGGAAGACCAGAGGCACAUUCUGAGAACUGAGUAAAAAGCCUGACCAAGACGAAAUUGAAAUAAGCAACUAACGUGUUUUGUGUCACCUAACAAGAAUGCCAAAUUGCUGCCUUUCCCUAUUCACUCUGAACUGUGAAGCAGCAAUUGAUUGUGUUAUUUUAAGGAACCCAUUAACACCUGAGCCAACAGCUUUCCUUAAGUUUUCAGUGGAGGCUUAGUUCUUCUAGGAAUGAUAUGGGGCAGUAGAAAAGAGAAUUUAUUUCUGCAUAGUUAAACAGGUUUUCCUAUCUCCCUAAGAUUAGCAGCUGUUUUUUGUGUCAGAAGAAUUUUACAGCUAAGGUCAUCUGUACUGGCCAAAGAAGGAAAUUUGUUUUAGCUUGUUUUGCAUAAACUCAAUAUUAAUGUCAUUGUUUUUAAUUGCUAGCUACAACUCACUUCUGUAAUGAGUGUGUGCAGGAAGAUGCUUAGGCCUGCAAGAAGCUAUACAGACAUCACCAAGACUCUUGAGGACAUUGGGGUUUGCUAGAUAAUACUUGUUACAAGAUUUGCAUAACAAUAUAUAUCUCGCCGUAGGUAAGCAUGAAAACAUCUUGUUAAAACUUUUUAACAAAUUUUGCUGUACAGACUUUUCUGUUGGCAGGUUCAGGCCUUACACUUACAAAUGAAUCACAAUAGAAACUUACGGUGUUUAUGCAGAAGUUUAUAAGCACGCCUUGUGAUAGCGAUUCAGUUACUACUUUGAGACCAAUAAAUAACAGGCUAACCAGAAAAGCUAACAUGCUAAUACAGCGCCUUUGAUUGUUUUAACUGCCUUCUGUGUUGGGAGAAGUGUGUGUUGUCCAGUUGUGUGGUGAGCAAGAACAGUGGAAGCUGUUCUUCCCUGAGCUCCAGGGAAGGUCUGGAGUUUGUAAUGGAUCAAGCCUUUUCUAGGUAGCUGUUACAGGCAGGCAAGCUAUAGAUGACAAAUGUGAUAACCAGGGGGUUUAUUAUACUUGAGCUUAAGCUGUGACCAAAUUCUGAUUUUUUCAGGUGCUGUGAAAACUAGUUCAGAUUAGUUGUAGUGGAAUAACUUGAGUUCUAGAAGAGUGCUAGAGCAAACCUGAACUAGCAGAAUGCUGCCCUACUGUUUAUAGAACCGGCAUCAGUUCAACUGAUUGAAAGUGCUGUUCUUAUACUGGUGAUUUAUAGGAAGGCUGUGCUGGUUGUUAACCUUUGUAACUAAUGCUUGAAAUUGUAGGGCUAGAGAAACAGCUAACUAGUGUUAUGCUUUUCACGGGUUCUUCAGCUGCCAACUCAUCCUGCUUUCAACAUGCUGUCAUGGUUUAGUUACCAGCUGGUAACCAAGUACCACACAGACAUGCUCUCACUCCCCACCCCCUCCACCCCGCCAAGGGAUGGGGAAGAGAAUCAGGGAGGAAUCUAGAACUCAAGCAUUGAGAUAAGAACAACUAAAUAAUUAAAAUAAAAUAUAAACAAUAAUUAUAACAGUAAUAAUGAAAAGGAGGGAGAAGGGGAGAGGAAUAAAAGCCAAAAGGAAGGGAGAAAAGAAAGGAAGAGAUGCAUGUCCCAUGUCUCCCUGGCAGGGCCUGAGAAACUGAUAAGUCCUUGACUUAGUAUAAACGUUACCAAGCCACAACAAAAAACAUCAGUGAGUUACCAACAUGGUUCUCACACCAAAACAUAGCACUGUGCCAGCUACCAAGAAGGAAAUUAACUCUAUACCAGCUGAAAUCAGGAUACAUGCCGAAAACGUUGGUAGAGGGAGUAGAAAUAAUGUGCACUGUAUGUCUAAUAAUGGACAUUUCAAUGUAACGUUAUAGGCAUCUGCAGUGUGGUAGACAUUCAGUAUCAACAUAUACAGAAUCAUUGGUAUUUGCAUCUCCAUAAAUAAAUGCUAGUAAUUAAUGUAAUUCAUUUUGAUUUUUCACUUGACAGUUAAACUACCCUUCCAGAUGCAAAAGUGUCAGUCAUUCAGGCAUAGUAAAGGUUAUCAAUAACUGGUUGUGGUUAAUGAUUAUUUUUAAUGGUGAGGGGAGGGACUUACAUUUUACGGUAUAUAGAAAGCAGAUGUCAGUUAAUAUUGCGUAUCAAUUUGCUGCUAUGAGCAGAAUUCAUAGUUUCUUUGACAUGGAUUUUUAACUGUUGAAGAUAAUUAGAACCAGAGGGAGUCAUGUACGUACCAAGCAGAUACUGAUGCUCUUGGGGAAGGACUCUGUUAAAUAUAUAAAAAUAAGUGAGCCAACGUAUUUGUCAAGAUGCCAUACAGAAAAACUUGUUCAUUGUGUUUAAUAAAAGCUUCUAUUAAAAGCAUUGAAUACA